AUGAGUAACCUGGUUAAGACAUCCGUCAAGACUGUGAAACGGGCUGCGUCGGCAACCAUGAAUCAUAUGCUAGACCAGCAGGAACAGCACGAGUAUCGGUGGGAAGAAUUGCAAUCAAUCGAACAACGCCGAAGAGCUAUCUUGUUGCGUGUCGAAGAUUCGUUUUGGAAAACACUUUUGUACUGGGAUGGGACUGUCCUGCGCAAUAUUGUGCGUGAUUCGCUCUUUUGGCUGACCGUCGCCAUUUUUGUAGCCGUCCGGGUUCAGGCCCGCCUCGAGCUACCCGAUUUUGUGGCCAAUUUAACCACGGACAAUGUGACCGUUGUGGGCGGUUUCUUGACAUUCUUUCUUGUUUUUUACGUCAAUCAAAAUCAUCGUCGUUACUUUGGUUUGUAUUCGGACAGUAUGGCCUGCAAAGGUCGUAUUUUUGAUGUGGCGACCUUGGCCGUCGUUACCCUGCCGAUGGAUCGGGCCACGCGAUUGGUCCGCUACAUGAACGCGGCACACGCAGCCGGAUACGUCGGUUUGUCCCAAAUUUAUCCAAAGUUUGGGCUUGUUAACGGAUACGGAGCUCGCCGUAUGAACGAGAUUAAUCUCGAUCAUGGAGGUUCCUGCAAUCGGGAACUGAUUGCCUGGUGCCUGAUGGAAAUACAACAUGCAAGGAGUGAGAAGUUGCUCGAUCCAGAGCUUGCCAAUACCUUUCGGACGCAAAUUUUGCAACUACGGGCCAGCAUUGGUCAACUGUACAACGCCGCCGAUCUACCGAUCCCCUUCUUUUACAUACAUUUCAUCACUCUCCUGACGGCAUUGUAUUUGCCACUCCAGGCUAUUUCGGCUGCCCUUAACGCCGGUACCGGUGACGAGACGCACUGGACGGCCGACCUUAUUGCUGGACUCAUUGUUGUUUUGCAAUCCGUUUUUGUCAUUGGGUUGCGCACGUUAGGACAGAAAAUGUCGGAUCCGUACGGGGACGAUCUGAUCGACUUGUCCGUCAUCCACUACGUUACUUUCACGUGGACCAUGAGCAAUCGAGUACUGGAAAGCCAAUUUCCGGAAUCCAUCAAUUGGUCGGACGAGCAAGAAUUGAAAUGGCAAAGCAAACCUCUGGGUUCGGCGUGGGAACCGCCGAAAGAAAUGAGAACUCGCGCCGAGGAUCCCCAAAGAUCGCAGUUCGAAGCCAUGCAUACCAAAUUGGGAGCCGUGUAG